UGUUAGUGGAUGGUUGGAGGAGCCAAAGGGAAAAAUGGAUUUCUGAAAAAUAGUUUUCAUCGCCGAUACCGUCUCUUCAACUCUGGGAUUGAGUUUGUUGUUGUGAAGGAAAGCUCCGGUCGUCUUUGCCAGAGAUGAUGAGUGCGUCCGGUCUAACCGUAACUCCCAAGUCUCCCAGUUUUCACCUUCAAUGGCGUUCAGAUCGUUUUGGUUCAUCUCAGAGAAGAUCUCAGGCUUUUACUCUUCUUCCCAAACUGAACCGUCCAGAAACAUCAACUUAUCUUCAAAGGGCUUGUUUGGCACUUCCAACACAAAGAAGCAACUCUAUGAUUGUCCGUGCCAUGAGUGCUUCCUUUGGUGAUAAGGCAGACGAUUCAACUGUUGUUUUCCCUCGGAUUAAUGUCAAAGAUCCAUACAAACGGCUUGGGAUAAGCCGCUUGGCAUCAGAGGAUGAGAUUCAAGGCGCCAGGAACUUUCUUAUGCAGCAGUACUCUGGUCACAAACUUAGUGUUGAAGCUAUCGAAUCAGCUCAUGACAAGAUUAUCAUGCAAAAGUUCCAUGAGAGGAAGAACCCCAAGAUAGAUAUAAAUAAGAAGGUACGAGAAGUGAGACAGUCCAAAGCUGUGAACUUUGUCUUCGAGAGAUUCCAAACUCCCGCCACUGCUUUCCUUGUCAAAACGGCAGUCACGUUUGCGGUUCUUGGAGCUCUUACGGUUCUUUUCCCGACAGAAGAAGGACCCACUCUUCAGGUUUUGUUGUCAGUGGUAGCUACGUUUUACUUCAUCCACCAGAGGAUGAAGAAGAAGCUCUGGUCUUUCCUUUACGGGAGUGGUUCUUUUAUCUUCUCGUGGCUGAUUGGGACUUUCUUGAUGGUAUCUGUGAUUCCGCCGGUCAUUAAAGGACCAAGAGGUUUUGAAGUAAUGUCUUCGCUUUUAAGCUAUGUUUUGCUUUGGGUGUCUUCGAGCUACCUUAGGUAG